UGAAAUAUAAAUUCAAAGUUUAAGAGCGCUUAUUGAUUUUUUUGUUUUCAGGAAUUGUUACUAUUCAAGAAGAUACACGAGGAUUUAUAAGAAAUAAUGCUAACCAACAGUUUAUUGUUUGGCCAACGAAAUAUGAUCCACAAGCAAUAUUACUUCUUAUACUUGAUCAAGCACUUGGUUAUGUACGAAAACAAGAUCGAGUCGAUGAAUCGGAUACAAAUGUACUUGCUAUGUUUACAAAAACACUUGCUAUUAUUGAUUGUAUAUCAACAUUAAUUACAAUUCGACCUGAAUAUUAUGAUAGAUUCGAUGGAAUUAUAUUAAGAAUUAUUUAUCUUUUACCAAGUUUAUGUAAAAUGAAUGUAAUUCCAUCUCAUGUUUUAAUUGAAGCAUUGGCAACAAUGAAACAUGCUCAAAAUUUAACAAUUCUAUUUAUUGAUUCGGAUUUAUUUCCAACAUUUAUUGAUAAAAAUGUCAUUGUCUCGAAUGAACUUGAUCCGGCAGCACGUUUACCAGAACUUGAUAGCGCAUUUUUGGGUCGAUUAGAAAUAAUGUGUAGUGAAAAUCAACUAGCUGAUGAAUGGAUUCCAGUAUUUAUUAAAUUACUUGAAGUUACAAGAGAUACAAUUCAUAUUAGUGAAACAGCUGAUCGUUUUCGUGCAAUAAUUUUUCAUUUACUUUUUUCAACAUUACCAAAAUCAAUAAAAAUAAAACGAUGGUUACCAAUACGAGAACAAUGUUUGAGAUUAAUAUGGACUGUUAUCAUUCGUUGUUUAGCAUCAUCAGUUAAAAUAUCACCAGAGAAUGAACAAAUCAAAUCACCAAUUUUUAUAUUUGGUUGGUUACAGCAUCCAUCUGUUAGUCAAACAUUACUUCAAUGUGCUAUGCCGUCAGAUACAGACUCAACGUUAGCGGAUCCGAUAUAUCAAUCAUGUUUACAAAAUGCUAUGUCAAUAAUAUCCUCUUUAAUUGAUUAUCAAGUCGAAAAUUUGAAUCAAACAACAAAUAAUCCAUUUGCAUCAAAAUUAUUAAUUAAAGUUUGCAUUGAUUUUUUAUUACAACAUAUUAAUGAUAUAAAAGCACCAAUUUGUCUACGAUGUUUAACAAGUUUAGCUAAAAUAACACCUGGACUUUCAAUUCUAUUGGAAACAAAUAUUGAACGAUUUCGAACAUUUAUUAUACAGAAUAUAAAAAAUCGACAAUCUCCUGAUUUAACCAUGGCUAUUUUAGAUUUUUUAAUCGUAUGUGUUAAUUCUCAAUCAGCAUUACUUGGUUAUUUAUGUGAUAUAAAUACAACACCAACAGCUACAUUUGGUAAUUCAACAAUUUUACAACCAAUUGUUGAAUUACUUCGAUGGAGUACACAAAAUACAAAUGACGUUGCUGCAAGUGAUCUAUUUAUAUUAACUGUUACAUUUAUAACACAAUUUUGGGAGCAACAUACGCAAUUACUUGUAGAUUAUUUUGUUAAAAUAAAUGAUUUUUGGAAAAAUAUCUCCAUACCAAUCACAACUACAAGUGUACGUAUUGAAUUAAUGGAUACAGGUGAUAAACGAGCUGUAUCAACUUCAUUUCGUUUACUUACACAACAUUUACUUAAUUAUACAACGGAUCAAACUGGAAAUGAUUUUUAUGAUAUAUUAAAUAAAUUAAUCAGUGAUAAUUGUCUACUUCAUUGGAUUAAAGCAUGUCGAACAUUUUUUCAAGCAAAUAUUGAAAAUGAAAUGUUAAAUGAACAAUCAUUAUCAUUUUCAUUUUUUUCAUCCGUUAUUUAUUUUACAAAAGCACUUCUUUGUUUAAAUAAUGAACGUAUCCGAAAGAUUUUACCAGGUGGUGAAACUUGGCUGGAAGAAUUAGCAUCGAUUGUUCAACUUGUUUUAACUCGAAAUGAUUCGACAUGUAUGAAAAUAGCUGUGAUGUGUCUUAAUUUAACAAUUAAUGCGAAUAUUAAAUGGAAAAAUGAUAAAAUUCAAUCACCAUUAAAUAUUCUUCCAACUUAUAUUAAUCUAGCAAAUUGUGUUCUUGGAUCGGAAUAUGUUUCAAUCUAUGUUAAAUAUUGUUAUUUAGAUGCACUUGUUUUAUUAAUUCAAACAUUUCUUGAAUGGACACCUGAUAUUGAUCAACAACAAUAUGAAUUAACACGAUACUCUACUGUUCUUACACAUUUAUUAGAUUUUGUAGAUUAUUGUAAUGAUAUCAUUGAUAUUCAUCCAUCAACAACACCUCAAUAUAAAUGCGCUGUUAAAGCACUUAUUCAUACAUUUCAUUUAUUAUCAAUAUUUGUUUCUAAAGAAGAUUCACCAAAUUUAUCAAUCAAUUUAAAACAAGAACGCACAGUAACAAAUAUUAUUGAUCUAUUUCAUAAAGUUUCACAAGAGCGUGAUAAUUUUCGUGUAUGUUAUACGAUUUUAAGUUUUCUAUAUGAUUUAACAAAGAAAACUGAUAGUAUUCAAUGGUUUCAUACAAUGAAUAUUAUACCACGUACACUUCAUACAUUUCGUUAUAUUAUUCAACAACAAAUAAAUAAUUCCAAUGAAGAUGCGGUAUCACAAACGAAUUGGUCAAAAGUUAUACGUCUUUAUUUACUUUUAAAUAUUUGUCUUAUUCAUGCUGAAUGUAUUCAUGGAGAUUAUCGACAUUUUAAUAAUGCAUCAGAUGUAUUUGCAGCUUGUAGUGAAUAUAUUGUUGAAAGUUUUCAUAAUGUAACAAGACAAUUUUCAUUAAUAUCAUUAGAUAAUGCUGAUGUAUGUUGUCAAUUUUUUGCAUGUUUAACUCAAUUUUAUAAUCAAUUAAUGAGUAAACAUCAUAAGGAAGCAUGUAUUUGUAUUGCAGCUGUUAAUUAUCUUCUUCAUGAUUCAAUUAAUCUUCUUCUUCAUUCAGCACUUGUACAUAAUAUGUUAACAAAAAAAGUUCGUUGUGCAUAUCGAUCUGAAUUAGAAAAUCAAGAAAAUAUUGUACCUGAUUAUUCAUUAUCACAAUCAACAUUAAUGGAUCAUUCGCAAUUAUCUCAACGUUCUUCAUUACGAACAACGACAAUAUCAACAUUUUUUAAUCAAUCAACAUCAUCACCAUUACCGACAAAUAUUCCGCCUGUAACACCAGGUGAAGGUACACCAAAACCACGAUUAGUUAAUGUUCGUCAACAAGUUGCUGCUGCUUCUGCUCAACCAGCUAGUUCUCAAGCACCUGAUUUUGAACAAGUUCAAGUCGGUUUAUUACGACUUUUAUGUACUUGCUGCUGGGCACUUCGUCCUUGUACAAUUCCAUUGAAUGAAUUAAAUGAAUCAUUACUUUAUAAACAAACAAUUGAUUAUGAUUCAUUUAAAUAUUUAGUUGAACCAUUAUUUAAUACACCAACAUUAGAACGACGUACAACACCAUCAUUUGGUACUUGGCUUACAGGUGCUCAAUAUAUUGUUACACAAAUGGAACGAUUUAGUCUUAUUAAAAGUAAUUCACCACGACCAGCACGAAUAAAAGAAAGUGAUCUUGAACGUUUAGUACAACAAAGACCAUUUCUUGUACUUGCACUUGAACAUUUAUUAAGUCUUAUUCUUUCACAAGUACCACUUUUUAUGCGAUCAACACUUCUAACUGAAACACAAAAGAAUAUGAUGAAACAAACAUUAUCACUUGAAUUAGAUUAUAUCUUUUCAAAUCUUAAUUUAACUGAACGAACAUCAAGUGCAAGUGGGGGUGGUAGUGAUCCUAAUUCUCAACGAACAUCAGUUAAUAUACCUACACCGGGUACUAUUGCUGGUCCAACAAGUCAUAAAUCACUUGUUAUGAGUGUAUCAAAUAUGUCACAUCCGUCCGGAUCAAUAGCACGUGAAGCUUAUACACCAUUUUCUGUUGGUACAAAUGUAACAUGUUCAGGUGCAUCUGAAUAUAAUAAUUCAACACAUUUAAAAGAUGUUUGUACAUCAAUUUGGAAACUUUAUAAACGAAUUAUUCAAGUUGAUCCAAUUGUCUUUAUUGGUUAA